GUGUUGUCUGACAGUCACUCAGGUGUGUUGAAGCUGGUUGCAGGUUUCAGUGAAUCUCUGGUGAGCCUCCAGAGGGAGACAGAGAGUCUGAGAAGACUCAGCAGUGACCUGCAGAAGGACUCCACCCACAGAGCUGUCAGACCCAGAGACUGCUCCGAUGUCAUGGCCUCCGGUGUUUCUCAGGACGGAGUUUAUUCAGUGUUUCCGACUCACGAACCCGACGGCUUCUUAGUUUAUUGUGACAUGAAGACUGAUGGAGGAGGCUGGACAGUGAUUCAGAGGAGAGAAGACGGAUCAGUGAACUUCUUCAGAGACUGGAAGGCUUAUAGAGACGGGUUUGGAAAGACUACAGGAGAACACUGGAUAGGUCUCCAGAAGAUCUACUCCCUCACCAGAUCCGGUGGGUAUGAAUUACGGAUCGACAUGUCUGACUUCGACAACGCCACAGCGUUUGCUCGUUACGGUGAAUUCUCCGUUGGUCGAGACUCGGUGAACCCUGAUGAGGACGGGUACCCGCUGGAGGUGGACCAGUACUCAGGGACCGCAGGUGACUCCCUCCUGAAGCAUUCUGGGAUGCAGUUCACCACCAAAGACCGGGACCAGGACCAGUCAGAGAACAACUGUGCAGCCUACUACCAGGGGGCCUGGUGGUACCGUAACUGCCACACCUCCAACCUCAACGGGCAGUACCUGAGAGGAGGCCAUGCCUCCUACGCUGACGGUGUAGAGUGGUCCAGCUGGACGGGCUGGCAGUACUCGCUCAGGUUCACUGAGAUGAAGAUACGACCCAAUACUAAACCUGACCUCUGACCCUUAAACCUGACCCGAUACUAAACCUGAACU